AUGGAAGCCUGGCUUCGACUCAACGGCAAGUCCUCCAGAGGAUUGUUGGCCAUAUAUGGUAGCAGCGUUCUGGGCGUACUGCUCACCUUAUACUGGACCGGUCUCGUAAUCUACCAUAUCUACUUCUAUUCACUGGCGUCCUACCUCAGCCCCCUCCUAGCAACAUCUACCCCAAAGGAUAUUUACGGUCACGCUGUUGGAAAGAAACAGAACGGCGCGGAGUUUAGCAGAUUGUGUAUUGGGAGUGAUCGAGAUCCGCAAAACCAUAGGAACAUGAAGCAGAGCCUUACUGCGGCCUUUUUUAAUAAGACAUUGAAGAUUAUUGCGAAUGUUGUUGAUGUGUUUGCUGAUGAGAUUGGCGAGCUUGGUGAGCCCAAGUUGAAUGGGUUGAAUAUGACCAAGUGGUAUGCGAUUGAGAUGCUUGCGUUUGAUAUUCUCCGAGAGAUGGCAUUUUAA